AUGUUAUUACCAUCAUCAUCAUCAUCAACAGUUUCGAUGGAUUCCAAUUAUUUUUCAAAUUUAACUAGAUCAGAUUCAGAUUCAUCUAAUUCGACUCUCAAUUCUACUUUCUCUUCUUUCUCUUCAUCUAUCACUCCAUCUCAAUCUAUCUCAUCAACAUUAUCAACAACAACAACUCAAUCAACCAACACCACCAACACUACUCCAUCAACUCACCUUUACUCUGAAUCUCAAGAUCAUCAUCAUCAUCAUUCAAAUCAUCAAUCAAUCACUUCAAUCCUAAACAACAUUUCAUCUCAAACUCAUCCAGAUCAUCAUCAUGAGAUCAAUAAAGUAAUAAAAUCUCAAUCUACUUCUUCUACUCGAAAUCAAUCACAUCAACUACCUUCUCCUACAAUCUCAUUCAGACUUUAUUCAAUUCAAUCUAAUCUUUCAAAAACUUCAGUUUCAUCGACUUCACCUACUUCUUUAUCACCCAAGAAUUUAUUAAAAUCAACUCAUAUCAAUUCAAUCCAUCAACAACUUCAACAAGAUCUUUUACAUCAAGAUCCAUUGAUUUCACCUCAUACGAAUUAUUCGAAUCUAGACCUUUUCUCUCAUACCAAUCUAUCUCCAUCAAUCCAGAAUUGGUCAGAUGUGCCUACUCCUACUUCUUCAGUCAUUGCCAAACGGUUUUCAUUCUUGGCUGAAUUAGGUAUAGGUGAAGCAGCAGCAGAAGCAGCUUCAAUCUUAUUUCAAACACAAUCUGUUUCUAAAUCCAGUACUACCACUACUUCUUCCCCUACUGCUCCUACUACUAUUACUGACAAUAAUGAUAAUACUAACAUAAACAAGAAUAAUGGUCUGACUAUCAAGACUACAUUGGUGGAAAAAGAAACCAUUGAUAAUCUUAAAUCUGUUGAUAAAUCAGAUGAAGAUGAAUCAAAUCAUCAAUCAUUGUUGAUACCGAACCAACAGAGUCCAUCUAGUCUUAGUACUUAUUCAGCUAGAUUCAGACCAGAGAGUUGUUGGAUCCAAUCAUCUGGUUAUGGUGAAUUGAGAUUGAUUAAACCAUCAACAAGUUCUGCGACUCAUGAUUUACCACCGAUCCAAAGAGAUGAAGAUCAGAUUCGAAAGGAACAUGAUCAGAAAUAUCAAGAAUUAUAUGAAGAAACUCAAUCUAGUCAUUUUCAAGUUCAAUCCAAUCCCAUCAACACCGAAUCCAAGCAUUUCUUAGAAAGCUAUACGACACAAGAUCAAGAAUCAUCAACUCCAAAACCAAAUGAGAAUCAGAAUCAGAAUCAGAGCUCGAGUCGAUCUACUUCUUUUGCUCAACAUGUUCGAACGAUCUCAUCAUCUUCUCACAAACUUAAAGAUCGACUACCACCUACACCUUUAAAGAUCAACAGUUUACCCAUCACCAAACGAAACACCAUCUUAGUUGCUGAUCCACAAGACCAAGCAUAUGAAUCCGGAUCCGAACAAGUGAUUGUAGAAAGUCCAUCGAAUCUGAAGCCUAAUAUUACAUCAAAUCGAGUAGAACUUCAUACUUGGCUUAAUCUUGAUCCGUACCCUACCUCUGGCUCUUCAGAGCCUAAAACGGUUUCUAGUAAACCUACGAUUACAAAACUGACUACAAACCUUUCUACAGAGCUACCGAGUUCAACAAGUUCACCAUCCCACAAACCACCAAACCAAACGGUUGACACUCGUAGUACUACUUCAUCACCACUCAGUUCAACAGACUUGCUUUCCAAACCCUCAAGCUGUCCAACAUCUCUUACUCCAAAACCCAAAGCUGAUUCAAAGAAAGGAUCACCUACAAACUCGAUCAAUCACCCAUCCACAGGCACACCUACCAAACGAAGAAAAUCACUUUACCAAUUAUUUAAAUCUGCCUUACAAUCCUCUACAUCUACACCUACACCUACACCUUCACCUACGAAUCUUAAUGAUCAAAGUAGUGUGGUAAGACCAAGACUUCAAAGAAGGUCUACACGUGAUUGUGCACCUGCUCCUGUUGCUUUAGUUGCUACGGUUAGAAGGACUAGAAGUCAUAGUCAUGCAACACUUAAUCCGUCUAACAAGAGUCCUGCUACGAGUCCGAAACGUGUUACGUCGGAUUCGUUGUAUGAUGAUCAUGAUCAAGAUCAAGAUCGAUGUCGGUCACCUUUUAUGAAAGAUUUCAGGAGGAAGAGUGCGAAGGAAUUGAUGGAUGUUUUAUUAGAUGUCACGGAUGAUAAUACGUUUAUUAAAUUAGCGAUUGAAAAUAAAUCUUCUAAUUUGAUGUCUUCUUCAUCUUAUCAACAUCAACAACAACAACAUCAACCAAAAGAACAAGCAGAAGUUGUUGAUGAUCGUUUAUCGUUAAAGAAGAUUGAUAAAUCAGAAUUACAUCAUUUGUUUAUUAUUAGAGAGCUAAUCAAAUCCGAAAAAAGUUAUCUUGAACAUUUGAUUAGUUUACAAGAGGCAGUUGAACAAAAAAACCAAACGUUUAUAAAAACCAGUAAAUCAUUACAAAGAGCCUCAUUAUACUACUUACCCAACCCAACCCUUCAAAACACACACCAUCAUCCGAUUCCCACCAAAAGAUCAUCUCAUCAAUCCACAUCUACAUCCCAAAUCUUAAACUUUGAACAAAAACUUUCAAUCUUAAGAUCUCAAUUACCAUUACUCAUUAACUUGAGUGAAACUUUAAUCGAAAGGAUUUCAGAAUCUCCUACUAUCUUGGGAAUCUCUUUGACUUUUGUGGGAUUGGAACCGAAGUUUGAGAACGUUUUUUUGGGUUGGAUUCAGGUUUUGAAUCGAAUUAAAUUUGAUUUUAAGGAUUUAAGAAUUCAGACUCCUGCUUCUUCUACUUCUUCGGAUCAUUUGAAUGGUGGUGGUGGGAAGAUGGGAAAGAAUAGGUUGAGUUGGAAUGAUAUUUUGAUUAUGCCGGUACAGAGAGUGACUAGGUAUCAUUUAUUUUUAACUGAAUUAAUGAAAUUAGAAAGUAAUGGAUCGAAUUUACAUAAAGAUUGUUUGAUGGUCAAUCGGAAUGGAAUUGGAUUUGAUGAAGUUGAAGAAAAAGGAGAAGGGAUUGAAAAGUUGGUUAACUUGAAGGUUGCACUUCAUCGAUCGAAAUCAUUGGCUGAGGUUAUGGCUAAGGUUAUGAAGGAUGGAAAGUCGAUAAAACAAACAUAA